AUGGAAGAUCCAAGAAUUCGGCAAAUUAAAAUUAAAACUGGCGCUGUAAAGCGCAUAGCCAAAGAAACACUUGUUUACGCGAAAGAAGCUGAAGAGCAAAAAAUUAAGGUACAAAAAUACAAAGACGAAAAUCGAGAAGAGCAUGAAACUAGAAAACAGGAGGAAGUCUUGCAAGAGUCGCUGAUGAUGGUCCCUGAUUGUCAAAGACGGUUGGCAAAGGCUUUCGCAGAUUUAAAGUCAUUGCUAGAAACAGAACAAGAUCUUAAGGAACACGAAGAUUACAUAGCGGCUGAGCAAGUCUUAAAAGAGGCAGAGUGUCAGCUGCCAGAGACAGCCCAGUAA